AUGUCUGAGUCAAAGAAACUACAUCUCACGGCCUUCAUGCGGCCCGUCAGCCUGCACACCGGCGCAUGGCGAUACCCCGGGUCGUAUGCCGACGCCAACUUCAACCUGGAGCAUUUGAAAGAGUUCAUUCAAAAGCUCGAAUCCGCCAAGUUCGACGCCUUCUUCAUGGCCGAUCACCUGGGCGUCCUGAACAUGCCCGUCGAAGCGCUGAAACGUAGCCACACCGUGACAUCUUUCGAGCCGUUCACCCUGCUCUCCGCACUAUCAGUGGUGACCGAAAGAAUCGGCCUUGCCGCGACGGCCUCCACAACCUACGACGAGCCGUACCAUAUCGCGCGGCGCUUUGCGUCGCUCGACCAUAUAAGCCACGGCCGCGCCGCGUGGAACAUCGUCACGACGGGCAAUCCCGAGUCAGCCAAGAACUUUGGCCGCGACGAGCACGUCGAGCACAGCGAGCGGUACAAGCGCGCCCGCGAGUUCUACGACGUCGUCACCGGGCUGUGGGAUAGCUUUGCCGACGAUGCGUUCAUCCGCGACAAGGAGAGCGGCGUCUUCUUCGACCCGGAGAAGCUCCACGUUCUGAACCACAAGGGCGACGAGCUCAAGGUCCGAGGACCGUUGAACAUCGCGCGACCAGUGCAGGGCUGGCCGGUGAUCAUCCAGGCGGGCCAGUCCGAGCCUGGCCGACAGCUAGCAGCCGAGACGGCCGAAGCGGUGUUUUGUGCGCCGCGGGACCUCCCCUCCGCGAAGGAGCUGUACGCAGAUAUCAAGGGACGUGCGAGGCGGGCUGGGCGCGAUCCCAACCACCUCAAGAUCCUUCCAGCGGCAUUGGUCGUCAUUGGUGACAGCGUCGAAGAUGCCCGCGCUAAGCGGUUGAAGCUCGACAGCCUCGUCCACUACAACAGCGCGAUUGCCUCCCUGUCGGCUGCUCUUGGGACGGAUGCGUCUGGGUUUGAUCCGGAUGGGCCUCUUCCGGAGGACAUCCCCGAGACGAACGGCAGCAAGACUACGCGGGACGGCGUGCUGAAGUUGACCCGCGAGGAGAAUCUCACGGUGCGCCAGCUCGCGCAGCGGAUCGGCGGGCAUUCGGGGCUUGCGUUUAUUGGGACGCCAGCGACUGUGGCAGACGAGAUGGAAACCUGGCUCAGGGAAGAUGCGGCUGACGGGUUCACGGUGGUGUUUCCUUUUGUUCCGCAGGGAUUGGAUGCCGUGGUCGAGAGGCUUGUCCCCGAGCUGCAGCGUCGGGGGAUUUUCCGUCGCGAGUAUGAAGGCACGACUCUCCGGGAGCAUCUUGGUCUGCCGAGGCCGAAGAAUCAGUUCUUUUCAUCUGGACGGCAAGCACUAAGAAGUCUGGUUGAUUCGCGAGGCGAACUCAAGUGUCUUAUCCCUGGAUAUCAAUUGGAACGAUACAAUUAA